AUGUUUCGCUUUGUCUCGAAAAAUCGAAGUGCCAUCCUGGCUGGAACAGGAGCCACUGUGAUGGGUGGUUACCUUUUCUUGCGUCCCAAGCAGCAUCCUGAUCGCAUUGUCAUUGUUGGAGGCGGCACCGGAGGAAUUGGCGUUGCGGCAAUGCUUCGAAACGAAGAUAUGAAGAACGUAACUCUCAUUGAGCCAAAAGAUGUCCACUACUACCAGCCACUUUGGACCCUCUGUGGAGGCGGCGUCAAGAAUGUCUCAGAGAGUGCAAAACCCAUGAAAGAUAUUCUUCCCAAGGGUACCAACUGGGUCCAGAACAAAGUUGAAUCAUUCCAACCCACUGAGAAUAAGAUCACCACAGCCGACGGAAAGAAAAUCGAGUAUGACUAUCUUGUUGUGGCAGCAGGAAUCGAGACCAAAUUUGACCAGGUUCCCGGUCUUCAGGAGGGUCUUGAAAGCAAAGACUCUGGUGUGGUUUCUAUCUAUGAUUACAACUGGGCGGACAAGACUUUCAAGACCUUCCAAAGAGUCAGUGGCUCAGGCGCCUUUGGCGACAAGCAAAAGGCGAACUAUCUCUUUACUUUCAGUCCAACUGUUCUGAAGUGUGCAGGUGCCCCGCAGAAAAUCAUGUGGUUGUUGGAAGACACUCUACGUUCUCAGGGCAAACGGGAUCAGGCCAACAUCACCUAUUGGACCCCUGGUGGAACCAUGUUCGGUGUCAAGUACUACUCGGACAAACUCAACAAGAUCCGAGAAGACCGUGGUGUUGAGGCCAAAUUCAAGCAGCAGCUUGUCAAGAUUGACCCAGAGAACAAAGUGGCAACGUUCGAAAACGUUGACACCAAAGAAAAGGUUGAACAACCCUUUGACAUGUUGCAUGUAGCCCCGCACAUGUACGCGCCCGCCUUUCUGCAAGGAUCCCCGCUUUCUGAUGCAAAGGGUUUUGUCGACGUUGACAAGCACACCAUGCAGAGCACCAAGUUCUCCAAUGUAUUUGCACUUGGAGACUGUACCAAUACUCCAAAUUCGAAGACAGCUGCUGCCAUCACCAGCCAAGCUCCUGUCCUUGUCCACAACCUUCGAAGGGAGAUUGAAGGGAAGAAGCUCGAUGGUUUCUACACUGGCUAUGCCAGCUGUCCGUUGAUUAUAAGCCGUGGGCACACCAUGCUUGCAGAGUUCGGCUAUGGAGGCCGACUCAUGGAAACUUUCUCGCGAGAGACUGGCAAGUUCCCCUUGAAGUACGUCGGGACAGACGGCGACCUGCAGAUGAGAUUUUUUUGGAUUCUUAAGGAACGCCUCUUCCCAUUCGUAUAUUGGAAGCUGUGGACUCGUGGCAUGUGGUACGGCACGAACGGUCCUAUCAAGCCCGCUGUGAUCAAGAAGGAGGAGGCAACCACCCAGCCAGUUCUUGGUGCAAGCAGCACGAAAUAA